GUCACACUGAUCACGUGUAAAAAGCGCCCAGAAUUCGCUUCGCGCAUCCGUUAUGACUCAAAACUAGGCGUAUUAUCGAUUUACGCCAUGCCUGCUUCCUGCGUUGCACGAAGAUCCUGAAAUCCUGGAUAGACCUUCGGAGAAAACGCGCGACAAACUGUGUUGACAGAUGAUGGGACAGUUCAGUGCCACUCCUUCGAGUUCUCGCGUGAUGUUCGACGAGGAGGACAACAACGGUUUGGUGCUCUGUGACAAGUACCUGCCGGUCGAAGUGCUGAUAGAGAUAUUUUGCCACGUCGACUGCAAGACCCUGUUGAGGUGCCAGUUGGUGUGCAAACGCUGGAAGAUGCUGAUGAACCACGUCUGGCACAAGAAGACCGAAUGGACGCUGGGCAAACCGUUCCCGUGGAACGAUAAGAUGCCCUGGACAGUAUAUUAUCUCGCAUGCACGAAGAAGCCGUACGAGAGGAACCUGGUGAAGAAUCAUUCCGGCGAUGAAGAGUCUUUCCGUCACUGGGGUAUAAGUUACGACGGCGGUGAUCGUUGGACGGUCGAGGAACCACCUGCCGGCAUGCCGGAACUGCCGCAAACUGAACCGUUGUUCAAAGACAGACAGACCUGUUUCGCAACGUCUUAUGAGCAUUGCACCAAAGUACAAGUUAUAAUUCUGACGGACGAGGGGAUCCAUCCAUAUAUUCUGGACACUUAUCAACCACCUAUAGAGGUAAGCGAAUGGUACGGCUGCCGAUGGGACUGUCCAGCAAGAUAUCAAUUGAGAGUUAAAUUAUUUCGUAAUGACAAUAAAAUGAUAGAUGAAUUUCUAUUUAGAGAUGUUCUAGAAGGGGAGAAACAGAAUCAAUGGCUGAAAAUUACACACGUAUUUAAGAAUUAUGGACCUGGUCUUAGACGGAUUACCUUCGAGCACAGUGGAAAGGAUAGAUCAUUCUGGGCAGGACAUUACGGCAGUAAAAUGGCUGGGGCAUGUGUUUGUGUGAGAAGUCCGUGAGAAAAAAUUUAAAAAUAAAAAAAUUUAUGUAAUAAAAAGUCAGUUAAUUCCAACGAAACAAAGAGAAUGCAAAAUGUUAAAUAUAUAAAGUUUUAUAUAAAUAAUGUAAUAAAAGUUUAAUAUUACUAUUUA